GAAAAUUGACAUUACUCAGAAAAACUCUGGGCCCUGGACAAAAUAGGAGUGUCACUAAUUCUCUCAAGUUAUCUGUCAUUGUCAAAUAGUAUUAUUUUAAUUAGAUUUUUUUAUUAUAAAAUUGAGCUCAUAACCCAAAAUGGUGAUUAAAGUUUAUAUUAGUGGUAUAUCUGGAAAUAAAGAGGUGAAGAAACGACAACAAAGGGUGCUUUUGAUCCUAGAUUCUAAGAAUGUCAAGUAUGAAGUCAUUGAUAUUGCCGAACCAGGAGCUGAAGAAGCUAAAGAUUUUAUGCAAACGAACUCAACCGGUCAAGGAGGGACCAUUAGCGACCCCAACCCAAGACAUCCUCUACCUCCUCAGAUUUUCAAUAAUGAUGUGUACUGUGGGGAUUAUGAUAUGUUUGACAUGGCCAAUGAAAUUGAUGAAAUGGAAAAAUUUCUGAAGUUGGAAGCCAGCGAUUUCACUAAAGAACAAAUUUCGACUGCUGAAAUAAAUCUAAAGAAUGGAGAUGUAGAAACUCAGGAACAUGAAGUGGAAACGGAGGAAUUGAAAGAAAACAAAGUGCCUAAUCAACAAGUAGAUGAAAACAAGGUAGAUGAGAUUAAUUCUGUAGAAUCAAAAGAACACCAGGAAGAAACGGGAGAGAAUCAAGAAGAAGAGGAAGAGCACCAAGAAAAAAAGGAAGAACACCAAGAAGAAAAUGAAGGGCAUAAAGAAAACGGUGCUGGUGAUGAACAAAUAGAAAAUGUUGAAAAAUCGGAAAAAUUGGAAGAAGAAUGGAAGAAAGAGAUCUCUCCCGAAAAGGCUGAUGAAUAAUUUCUCUAAAGAUAUUUUUAUAAUAUGCACUGAUUUAUAUUGUUAUAAGAUAAUGGUUAAAACACCCAAAUUCAAUGUUCUUCAAUAUUUCAUUUGAAUUUUUGAAGAGUUUUUCUUUUUUUGUUCUAAACUUGACAUCGGAAUAUUUGAAUUUGGCGUUUUUUUGCCUAAAAAUAUUUAUUCUUGCGAACUCUUUCAUUUCUUUUUCAUUUUAUUCAUAGCCAAUAAGUCAAAAUACUAACGAAGAGGUUUUGAUAAAGUACAGAGAAGUUGCAAAAAUCUCACAAGGAGCUGGAGGGUUUAUUUAAAAUUGUGUGAAACGGUUUUUAUUCAAAUAUAAUUUGUUUUCCAUCUUUUAAGUUACAUUUAUGAAUCUCCCCUUUUUGAGAAUAAUUUCGUAAAUAAUGAAUUUUGAGUGAAUUCAAACAUAACCCAGAACUUUUUUCAAUAUUUAUCUUCGUUAGUUUCAUAGCUUUUAUCAUUUUAUUGGCAUGAAUGGCUUCACUUUCUUUUGCUGAAAAUUGUACUUGAAACUAUGGAUAAGGUACUAAUUUUUGUAUUGCUUCGAUCAAAUUGUUGCAUAUAUAUUUGUAUGUUACUGUUAUUCUUAUUUUGGAUUUUGUAAAUAUUUAUUAUAUUUCCCUAUUGAAUAUUAUAAAAUAAACUAUAAUUUUACUUUUGACAUGAUAGAGA